CCCAGAACACCCGACACAGAAUGCGGAUGCUACCACGCCCCAUACCCUGCCUGCCGCGACACCCGCCCCCUUCCCCGAUCAAGUCUUGGCCGUCGAACUGCAGCUUUGACUGCCUCACGCAUCGGAUCAAUGGAAGCAGUGCGAGAGAACUUCGCCAAUUCCAACGUUUGGCUGGCUUCGACAAGGAAGAUAUUCCAUUUUCAGAAGCGUUCCAAAGAAUCACAAGUUGGACUCGACAUUCGGCGCCUCAGUUCGAGUGCACGCCAAGGCGGUCUCUCUCUGUCCCGCUGACAGACGCGAUGCUCUCCGCAACCCCGUUCCGACUUGCGAUCAGUGCGAUGCAAUCAAGUCCGUCUGCAUGGCGUACGGGCCCGGUGGUGUCCGGCAUGUUUGAUGAGGUGGUGGCCUGCAGCUGUCAAGUGCCUGCAUACGCGAACUACAGUACCAACCUGGACAACGCCAGCUUCCAACCGUUGAACCAUUCCAUAUCCGGACAGCUGCCGUUUCCAAUUUGGGACGCUGGUCGCUGGGUGGUCCCGACCCAGGCACAGACAACGUCGCAGCACACGCCAGCUAUUUGCCCCACGAUGUCACGGCGGAACAUGCGGCCGAGCUCUUUGACAGGCCACGAAGUAGCCGUCGACUCGCUUUCUCUGUUCUGGCAUUUCGUAUGCGGCCGGGAAUGCGACCUGAGCAGAGCACAAUGAACAAGCGCAGGAUCAAAGCACGAUCCAAAGCCACCGUCGUUCAGCUCAGCAUCACUUCCCUUCAUCAGCCUACCGUGGCAAAACCUUAUUACCUUCCUACUCCGGCAGUCGAGAUGCGGGAGAGACCUCCCCUCUCCCAGCCGAGUCAGGCGGGACACGCCAACUGCUUGCUGCCGAUAUUGAGUUCGCCGUUUGUGGCACACUCGCUGAAUGACGGAGAGCCAAACUUGGAUCCUUCUUGCUCCAGGAGACGCAACUUUAAACCACAUCAAGGAGCCCCAACAGCCAGCCCGCAGCCCUCCUCAUCAGCCAUGAAUCCGCGCGUAUGCUCCCCCAUGAGGUCAACCCUGCAGCCACUUCUCCGCACGGCGGCAAUUGUCUUCAUUCCCCUCCUUGUCAGCCCCGCCCGG